AAAGUCAAAACAAUCCCUAGGGUUUACACAGUUCUAUAAAUACCUAAAUUUCAUUUCUUCUCCACAUUCAGCCGUAAACAGAGAACCCUCUCUUUCGUUACAAUUCAUCAAUUACCAAUUCCUAGUGAUGGAUCCUCUGCCUGAGCCUGUGAGUUACCUCUGUGGUGACUGUGGAGUGGAGAAUACACUGAAGUCAGGCGAUGUUAUUCAGUGCCGGGAUUGUGGUUACAGAAUCCUUUACAAGAAGCGUACCCGUCGCAUUGUCCAGUAUGAAGCUCGUUAAGAAGAUUAUGAGGACCAUGACAAGUAGUCAUUGUGAAUCAUUUUAAAACAAAGAAUUUGGUGUGUACAAAACUUAAAGAGUAGUUUUAAGUAAUGGGAUGAUCUUUCUUAUUGUAUUUUGAUGGUAUUGUGGAAAUGAAAUCCUAAAACUUGAGUAUGAAUUUAUGUUUAGUAGUUUGCAUCUUUAAGCUCA